AUGCUUUUUCAUAACCUUCAUUCAUUUCUUUCUUUCCUCUUUCUUUAUAAUAUUCAAAUUAUACCUUCAACCUUCUUCGUUCGUUUUUGUUUUCUUUCUUACGCAUGUUCACUUUCCGUCAUACAUCUUUCUUUCUUUCUUUAUUGUCUUUUCCGUUGUGCUUCCUUUUUAUUACCUUUUCUUUUUGUUUUUUACUUUCUUUUUUCUUUACAGGUUUUAUCCGCUUUCUUUCUUUCUUUCUCUUUAUUUAUUUUCUUUCUUAUUAGAACCUAUAUUCGAUAUUUUUUCUCCUUUUUCAUAGCCUUCUUUAUUUUCAUUAUCGCUUUAUCAACUUUUCAACAUUCUAUUUUUCUGUAUCUUUCUUCUUGGCCUUUACUCUUUAGAUCUCUCUUUUACCGCUUCCUUUUAUCUUUUUCUUCUUUCUCUUUUAUUGUAUCCCUACAUUUCAUGUUUCUCUUCUUCCUACAUUUAAAGCAACAUUUUUUUCUUUCUUUUUAUUCGUUCUUGUCUUUAUUCGCUUUCUCUUCAAAACUACUCCCUUUCUUUUACUUAUAUUUCUUCUUUUUUUUCUUUAUUUCACCCUCUUUAUUUCUCUUUCUCUCCCACUUUUGUUUCUUUUUUUGUUUGUUUGUUUUUCGUUUUUUGUUUUUUUGUUGUUGUUUUUUUUUUUGGCUUCAAAAACAAACCCUACUUUUUUAUAUCUACAUAGCCUACCGUCUCAUCAAUUUAUCAACUCGCCCAAUGUUCCCAUUUGGAACUGGUCCCAGACUAUUAAUACACCGUCUCUUCUUUAAUUUCCUCUCCUGA